AUGAGUUCCAGAGCACUCCGGAGGCUUGAGAGGCAGAGAGAAUCGGCAACUCCAGAAGCCGAAAAUGACUCCGACCAUGAAGAAAUAAAGAAACUAGCAGUAAACAGAUUUGCCUUCUUGGGUGCUGAAAGUGACGAUGAUGCAGGCAAUAAUGACCUGGUAGAUGAAGCUGAGCCUGAGCAGCCAGCUCCAGAAACACCCUCCAUAUCAAGAAAGAAGAAUAAAAAGAAGAACAAGAAGAAGAAAAAGCAGCAGCAACAACAGCGGGAUAAUUCGGACAAGGAGGGGAAGACGAUGAAGAUCUAG